UUUUUGUAACAAAACGUUCAAAAUGUCACGAUCAUAUGAUCGUCCGAUGACACAUCAAGAAUAUUUGAAAAUGAAAUAUUCAUCACAGGAUGAUUAUGAUCAUAAACCUGCCAAAAAGAAAUUGAAGAAAGCUUCAAAUGUCAAACAACCAACUGUUGCCAUCAUCGAUGAAGAUGUUGAUUUUAGACAACUGAAACGAUAUGAUAGUGAUGAAGAAGAAUUAUAUUUUGGAACCAAAGAAGAAAAACCAAUCGUUACGGCUGUGAUCGAUGAACGUCCAAUUCAUAUGCGUACCGAUUCUACUGAUCGAUCCAAAUGGAAAGCGAUUGGUGACCGUCCAGAUGAUGAUUCAAAUUCGGCUCAAAUAAAAUCACCAGAAUCAUUGGAACAACCAUCGGGGCGAAAAACAUUGGCCGGUAAAAAAGCCGGUCUUUCCGAUGCAAAAGAAAUAAAAAAAGAACUAGCUGAAUUAAAAAGGAAAAAUGAAAAAGCGAUGAGCAAAAUAGAUGAUAGUAUAUUGGGCAGGAAUGCUAAAACAGUAAUUCGUGACCGAAAAACUGGUAAAAUACGUGAAAUUGAAAAAGAACUGAAAGAAAAACAAGAAAAGGAUGAACAAGAAGCUAUCAAACAGGCGGAAAAACAAGCCGUAUAUGAUCGAUGGUCGAAAGGCCUAGUACAACGUGAAGAACAAUUAGAACAAUUGGAAAAUGAAUUACAUGAAAUGUCAAAACCAUUAGCACGUUACAAAGAUGAUGAUGAUCUGGAUAAAUUAUUACGGGAUAAAGAUCGUGAAGAUGAUCCAAUGUUGGCUAAUAUACGUAAAAAACGUGAAGAGGAAAAAAGUAAAAAUCCUGAAUAUAAAAAAUAUCCAAAAUAUCAUGGUCCACCACCACCACCGAAUCGUUUCAAUAUACAACCAGGAUAUCGUUGGGAUGGUGUUGAUCGUUCCAAUGGUUAUGAAGCAAAAUAUUUUGCCAAAAAAGCCGAUCGUGAAGCUUUACAAGAAGAAGCCUAUCAUUGGAGUGUACAAGAUAUGUAACAUUCAUCAUUAUCAUGUCAAACAUAUUUUAUUUGUAAUUUUUUAUUUAUUUAAAAAAAAUUCUGUAAAUA